CUUACACUAGACGUGAUCUAACCAUGUCUUAACUUGCACUUCUUAUUGUAUCCGUUCGGAAUCAAGUAGUACGUUACUAUCAGUUACUCUAUACACUUCUAUACGAUGCCAGUUCCUACAGUGAAACUCUUCUCUCGGCAGGAACAUGGCCACCUAUUACCGGCCAUUGCUGCUAUUCAUGCAGCUUGUAUUGUGCAUGACCAGACUAUCGCCACGUUUGUCCCGCCGCUAGAUGACUCAAAAAUUCAGAAGUUCUGGGAGGACAUAGCAAGAGAGACUGAUUUGGGAACACGUUUUAUUUGUAUUUUGCUCAACGAGUCUGAGCCAGGCACCAAGGCCAAGGAGCUUGAGCUUGUAGGAGUUGUUACGCUGAUCAUGCCAUUCAGCGAGACUGGGUCUUUCCGUGGAUUCGUGGAAAAGCUUUUUGUCAGCCCUACUUAUCGAGGGAGAGGUGGAGCUAGAGCUCUGAUGCGCCACCUCGAAGCUGAAGCAUUGAAGAGAGGCAGGACCUUAAUGUUACUAGACACAGAAAUUGGGAGCCAAGCCGAGAAAGUAUAUCCGAAGCUGGGGUAUACGGAGGUGGGCAGGAUCCCUAGAUACGGUAUCAGCCCCGUAGGAGGACUAAAAGACGAGGUGUUCUAUUACAAACAUCUACAAUGAAAAAAUGUUGUACCUAGUUGAUGAGUUACCCCUUUUUCGGGUACUUUAAGAACCUAGGUAAUAUUGUUUCUUGACACUUGCCUAAGCCAGUGCAUCUCACGUUGGGUAGAAUCUAGAGACCCUCGCUAAAGGCAUAGAACGGGAUUCAUAAAGGAGAGCCCUUCAAUGCCGUUGAUGAUCACGAAAGUUAGCUUAAUCGAUACGUCCCUCUAAUGUUAACAAGGGACUAAGCAAGCUUGUCUAAAUAACAUAGUACUUGUAUUUUCGCCAAGCUAUUAUAUUUGACGCUAUGUUCUAUAAAAAGAAUUAUUUGUAAGUAUAAACAUUAAUAUGCAUGACUCAGAGCCUCACCCGAAGAGUCCCGAACCUGACCCGUGAUCAGCCACCAGGAUGCUCAAAUCACUUGACUAUAUGCCGGCUAGGAACGCCCUUCCGCUUUUCUCCUCAAUUUGGAAUCCUACUGCU